AUGCUCGUCAACAUAACAUUAGACGAUACCUCUCCUAUCCUCACAUACACGGAUCCCUCGGGUCAGCCUGAUGGAUCCAAUUUAUGGGGGGAGCCUAUCGUGGCCGACAAUUGCAGCAUCUACUAUUAUGACUCCAGCUUUACUGGUACAGAUCUCAACGGAGCCACGAUGUCGUUAACCUUCAACGGCACUGGCAUCUGGAUCUAUGGUGCUAAUAGAGUUAAUCAUGGCAAUUAUUCCAUCUCUGUUGACAACCAGGAUUUUGGCCCGUUAUCUGGAUAUGCGAACGACAACUCAUGUGUCAACGUGUCGGAUUUCAAGGUGCAGCUGUUUGGACAAGCAGGACUAUCUAUGGGUACCCAUGAUCUCACAUUGACCAAUAUCCCUACCGGUACAAACAACAACUGGCUUGACGUGGAUUUCGUUAUAUUUGAGACUGAGAUUGGGGAUACAGGCGCUUCAGAACAGCACAUAGACGAUUCUUCCGGACAAUUCAAUUGGAGCUCUGGUUGGAGUACAUCGAUACCCACAGGGCAAUCAUCGUAUCACGAUGGGACAUUGCAUAAGGCGGUCACCAGCGAUGCCAGCGUGAUAUUCACCUUUGAAGGACAGGCCAUCUCAUUAUACGGAGCUGUAGAUCCAUCGUAUGGAUCGUUUAUUGCCGUGAUGGACUCGGGUGAAUUAAUCCAAUUGAAUACGCACUCAUAUGGCUACUAUCCUCAGACGCUGUUGUACCACGCGAAUUCUUUGGGGGAGGGAGUUCAUAAAUUGACAUUGUCCAAUGGCCCAUCAUCCUUCGAUGUGGAUUACGCGACGAUCUGGAGCACCGGGGCCGCAUCGGGAACUACAGAUGGACCUGGACCUACCGGAUCCAACAACACGCCAAUCGGAGCAAUCGUUGGUGGGGUCGUGGGAGGUGUAAUAUUCAUAGCGCUUGUCGGAGCGUUGCUGAAAUACUGGCAAUAUCGACGCCAAAAACAGGAAAGCAUGGAGGCCGAGAUAUUCGCAUACAGUAUUCCGCACCCGAUGAUACCGCUGCCUGCUGAGCAUACGCCCUCCCGACAGCAUCGGGCCGAUAUCCGCCGAAAAGGAGCUCCGCCGGGUACUGCUAGACGUGAGGUCACGUCCCUUUCGGCAGGGCCAACCCUCCCUGCAACCUCCUCCUCAACCCAAUGGGCCUCUUUCCCCGAUUCUAGAAACGCACAAUCACCACGGGAACAUAUAAGUCCUAUGGCACCUCGAACACAACCAUCCAUCCUGCGGAAUAAUGAUGCGCGCCACGUCGCAGGCUAUCGAAAUGAAGAAGAACCUGAGGUAGGAGAUGGUGCCGAAACAAGCCUCCUUCCACCCGACUAUAGUCAAGCUACUAUCCUAAUGCACCAUAGGCUAGGCACAGAAGAAGAGCUUCUGGUCAGGACGUACAAUUGUGUCGAUGAAGUCAAGAAUUGUGUGGCCCACUGCUACUGGUGCUGUAGGAACUUCGGCCUUGAUCCCAUAGCUGUUCAUAUGUCUAUUGAGCAUAUAUUCCACGAUCAAGCCCGGAGCAUCAGAAGCGCGCUUCCUGGCAACGCGGAGGGCAGGCUCGUCCUUGCCGACGCGCUGUACUACGUCACUUCCGAAUUCAAGCCUCAUACGGUGAUCGACGCUGCUACUCUUACGGGGGCGAUGAUGAUCGCGCUCGGCGAGCUGUACGCAGGAGUGUUCACUAACUCCGACUCCCUCUGGAGCGAACUCCAGCUCAGCGGGGCAGAGGAAACACGACCAGGUUCUGGUGCGCAGACGGGUGGCCGGCCAGCUGAAGCGUGCACAGCAGCUAUCUUCCUCAAGGUGAGCUCCUCCCCCCUUCCCCUUCACGGGUGCGGCCGGUCAUCGAACGUGUCGAUCGCACCAAAAUUGGCAACGGCCCGGACCGCGUAG